AAGAUUUUCGGUGUUGGGCGAGCAGUUUAGUGUCUCAUGAGCGACGGCGAAACUAUUCAAACUUGCACAAAAAGUCUAUCCCUAAUAUGUCAGCGACACGACGGCUAUACAAAGUGCUAGUCUCGCAUCCUAAUGUGCCCAAGGCGGCGUUGGAGUUGCUCCAGCAGCGUGGUUGCGAGACAAUAGUGUGUGAAAGUGUGCCGCCAUCGCGCGUCGAAAUAUUACGCAAACUGCCGGGUGUGGACGCGAUUUUCUGGGCGCACUAUCAGUCGCUUGACGGAGAAAUACUCGAUGCGGCAGGCAGCCAAUUGAAAGUGGUGUCGACCAUGUCAUCGGGCAUUGACUAUGUGGACAUGGCAGAAUUUAAGCGACGCCAAAUGCCACUGGGUCACACGCCAGGCAUUGUAAGGAAUUCUGUUGCCGACUUAGCCGUGGGUUUAAUGGUAUCUGCAGCGCGUCAUUUUCAUGCUGGGCGGCAGGAGAUCGAGAAAUCUCUUUGGCGCACUGAGCAAAUUAACUGGAUGAUGGGACAAGAGGUGCGUGGUUCGGUGGUAGGCUUUCUCGGAUUUGGUGGUAUUGGUCAGACGAUUGCGAAGCGAUUGCAAGGUUGGGAGGCGGCCAAAAUGAUAUACCAUACACGCACGCAACGCGAAAAUCCCUUUGGGGCGAUUCACGUGCCAUUUGAGCAGCUGCUGCGAGAAAGUGAUUUCUUGAUUGUCGCUUGUCCGCUGACUGCGGAGACGCGCGAAAAAUUCAAUGCCGCUGCUUUUAAACAAAUGAAGUCGAAUUGCGUGUUUGUGAAUGUGGGUAGGGGAGGCAUAGUUGAUCAACCCGCUCUCGUUGAUGCUUUGAAAUGUGGUGAGAUUGCUGCCGCGGGCUUGGAUGUGAUGACGCCGGAACCACUGCCAGCAGACCAUCCACUACUGAAAUUGCCAAAUUGUGUCGUCAUCCCCCAUCUGGGCACCCAAACGAUGCAGACAACAACUGAGAUGGGCCUAACAGCUGCCAAAAAUAUACUUAACGCGCUCGAGGGUAAACCGAUGAUCUGUCCUGCGUACUAAAUGCCUCUAUACAUACAUACACACACAUGUGUAUGUAUGUAUGUGUGAAUAUACAAUAAUUUGCAUUUGUUGUCACUGUUAUUAGCAAUUAAAAAGUUUAUUACACUGUUUGCAUUUUA